AUGAAAUCUUCAGCAAAGUUGACUCUUACAGUCCUCGGCUGCCUUGCUAGUGGUGUCCUUGGUCACGGGCAAGUCCAAAAUUUCACCAUCAACGGCGCGUACAACCAAGGCUUUAUCCUUGAUUACUACUAUGACAAGGUCAACACUGGCAAGUUCCCCAAUGUCGCAGGCUGGUACGCUGAGGACCUAGAUCUAGGCUUCAUUGCCCCUGACGCAUAUACCACGCCUGACAUAAUCUGCCACAAGAACGCGGCACCUGGUGCAAUCACUGCCACUAUACCAGCUGGCGGCACCAUAGUCUUUCAAUGGGGCCCUGGCCCGUGGCCACACCAAUACGGGCCUAUUAUUACGUACUUGGCUCAGUGCAGCGGGUCGUGCACAACUGUGGACAAGACAACGCUACGCUGGGUCAAAAUUCAGGAGCAGGGUAUCAAUCUAACUACCCAAGUCUGGGCGAAUCAGGUCCUUAUCAACCAAGGCAGCAAGUGGAGCGUAACAAUCCCAUCAAGCCUCAAAGCCGGGAACUAUGUCAUCCGGCAUGAAAUUCUUGCCGCCCAUGGUGCCGAGAAUGCAGAUGGCAUGCAGAACUAUCCGCAGUGUAUUAAUCUGGCCGUCACUGGGUCGGGCACUAAGACGCUUCCUGCAGGAACUGCAGCAACUGCACUCUAUAAGCCCACUGAUCCCGGCAUCUUGUUCAACCCUUAUACAACAAUCACCAACUACACAAUCCCCGGCCCAGCCCUGUGGCAAGGCUAG